UGUGCAUUUACUAUCUGCAUUUGUGCUUUAUCUGCAAUCUAGGUACGCAAGCACGUCCAGCUAGGUCAGUUCUGACCGAACAAGUAGCUGGGAUCGAUCAAUUGGAACCGAUGGGUACGCAAGUCCCUUCGCCCAGCCCGGUUAUGACCAAACCAGCAGCUGGGACCGAUCAAUUGGAACCGAUGGAUACACGUUCACCAGUUUCGAGUGGUCCAGAGAGUGAUGAGGAGACGUUGUCGGCAUACAGCAGCGCUGACGAAACCGAUGUGCUUGACGACGGUAUCGUGCAGGACGAGCGUUUGGAGCCGCAAAUUCCCUACGCCGGAGUUUCGAUGGAGAACGGUCUUCGAAAUUGGGCAUUUGAGACCAAUCAAACACAACGGAGCGUCACGUUGCUGUUGCGUCACUUGCGGCAGUUCCCGCCUUUUAACAAUUUGCCGAGCGAUGCGCGUACGCUACUGAAGCCACCGGCCAGCACAUCACAGGAUGAGAAGGAAAUAUCGUCGAUAGCUGGUGGCCAAUUUUGGUACCAAGGUAUCGAAAAAUGCCUUCAAUCCUAUUUUCCCUAA